GAUCAGUGCUAGUGUGGCGGAGGGAUACACAAGGCAAUCCCCAUUCUGGCCACGGCCAAUAUACACACUCCGCCAGUGGAACUCCAUCUAAGGAACGACCACACUCCUAGUCUGCCUCCACAGACCAACAAGCACACAACCCGUCCGACAUGGCUGACCAACUAACAGAGGAGCAGAUCGCAGAGUUCAAGGAGGCUUUCUCCUUAUUCGACAAGGAUGGCGAUGGCACCAUCACCACCAAAGAGCUUGGCACCGUCAUGAGGUCGCUGGGCCAGAACCCAACAGAGGCCGAACUGCAGGACAUGAUCAAUGAGGUGGACGCUGACGGUAAUGGAACCAUUGACUUCCCGGAGUUCCUGACCAUGAUGGCCAGAAAAAUGAAGGACACAGACAGCGAGGAGGAGAUCCGCGAGGCUUUCCGGGUAUUUGACAAGGAUGGAAACGGCUACAUCAGCGCCGCAGAGCUCCGUCACGUCAUGACGAACCUGGGAGAGAAGCUAACGGACGAGGAGGUGGACGAGAUGAUCAGAGAAGCAGACAUUGACGGAGACGGACAGGUCAACUACGAAGAGUUUGUACAGAUGAUGACUGCAAAGUGAAGCUUGCCCGCCCCGUCCUGUCCCCUCUUAGAAGAAAAAAAAAAGGAAAAAAAAAUCAAAAUGUUUUACUUACCUCUUGGAAAAAAAAUGUUCAUUUAUUCAUACUGUUUCUGUAUAGAAAAUAAUUGAAUGUUGAAAUAAAAUAUCCUUCUGUCCACACGGUAAAAUAUAAAAAUAUACAAAAAAUAUCUGCAUGAAAAUGAUGGUUAGUGAUCCUGUCCCCUCCCCCCGGAGAUCAGUUUAGCAUCAGUACUUAACAAGUAAAAAUAAUAACAACAAACCCUGUAACUACUACCUUCAGACUAAAGCAAAAGCAUUUGGCGAACUCCUUCCAGUUCCAUUUGCUAGUGGUAAAUGUCUGGGCUGGCCAUCUCUUCUUUCUCUCUGUUUUCUGUUCUUCAUGCAUGCAGCUUGAGACCGGAGCACUAACCCGCCCUUGCCCUCUCGCCCUCCUCCCCCAUCCCUCCUCCGGGCUACCAGAGCGUGCUGAUUCCACUAUAAGCUGUCCUCUUGUUGGUUUGGUACAGUUUUUUUGUAUUUGGAGAGGAACCCUGUUAAGAUGAGAGAAUAUACCAGGUUCUAACUCAAGCGUUAAAGUGGAAUGGGACUUAACUGUAUGCUAGAUAAAAAAGAGGAAAAAAAAAACAAUGUACAAAAAAUACAUUUUCAAAUGUUUGGCAUGUUCUUUUGUUUUUGUUAUGUUAUUUGGACAGCCAUCUUAGUAGUUGUGCGUCCUGCCCUUUUUUAAAGGAGGGGGGACAUAAAGAGUCUUACGGUGAGCUUUCUAAUUUUCUUUUUCUCUUUCUUUUCUUUUUUUUUCGCUGAGAUGGAGUGUCUGUCCUCUUUUCUUGCAAGAGAGAAUCACUGGCCUUCACUUUUCUUUUUCUUCUUCUGUUUCUCGACUCAGACAAGAGCAUAAGUGGGGGGUGAACUGUGUUCGCAGCGCAUGCUGUCAGGACUGUCAGCGCACCAGUCUUCACAAAUGUUCGUCUGAGUUCAGUUUACAUUCAUUCCAAGUUGUACAUGCUAGUCUUUAUUUUUUUUUUUCAAAUAAAAGACCAUGAAGUUUA